UACGUGCAACCAUUCAGUCGUGAUUCAUAAUUACCUCCGGCAUUCGGCACUAAUUUUAAUUGCCAGAGUUGCGCUUGUUUGUGUCAAACAAAAACAAAAAAAGGCAAAGCAACGACAAUGGACACUUCCAAAGAGGGCGGGGAUAGAGGCGGGAGGAAACGAGUGAGUGUCGACGACAGUGGUAUCGACAACGAAAGCGACGUGUCUUGCUCCUCGGUGGGUUUCCUCGGGUUGUCUUCUGUGCCGGUCAUUCUCGAUGACAACCCCACGCUGCCCCACCCAGACUUGGUCCGAAGCGUACUCCAAAGAGAAAAGUCAACCGAAAGAAGCUGUUUAGAUCUUCCUGUAGAAGAUCCUGAUAUCCCUCAAGGGCCACACGGCUACAAAAGUGUCGAGUCUUCGUUGGGGUCGAUAAAUGCAAUCAAAGCACGUCACGAAGGACGUCACGAAGGACUUCGCGAGUUUGAAUCCCCAGGUGAUGCAAAGGACCUACGUGCUUCACUUGCCGGAUCUGUCUACUUGGGUGAGAUCUCAUCUCAUUGGGAGUCCAGGUCUCUACAAAAUUCGCUCUUGAUGUGGGAUGGUUUGCAGCCUAUGGAGGCACUGCCAACCUUGUUUCCGUAUUUUGAAGCCAGUGGUGUGGGCAUGCCAGGACAGGGAGCUUCCACUGUCAAUUCGAUGGGUUCAAAGGCUGGGUGGUCGCUUGGAUCUUCGCUGACAACAAGAAGUUGCGAGAACAUGGUUUGGACCAGGAAUGUUUCCGCGGGCAAGGGCAAGAGUUCAGAUACUCGGGGGUCGCUGCUUGUGUGUUCAUUGACAACAAGGAGCUGUGAGAAUAUCAUUUGGAACAGGAAUGUUUAGGGAUGUAAAAGGUAAAAAAAGUAUCGGAGCACGUUAAAAAGUAAAAAAUCUUUUAAAAUGGGCGCAGCAAACA